UUCUUUCGCCAUUCGGUUGAGUCGGUCGGUCGGUUUUAUGUAUUAUCGCUGUUGUGUUUUCUAGGGCUUUUGUAAAAUAUACAAAUUUAUCACGGCAUUUGUUUAUAUCGCAACGUUCUUAGAUACAUUCACUUCGCGUGGACGGUCGUUUCAAAUUGCUUUCAUAUGGAGAAAAAAAGAAAUACCUACUAGAAAAGUGUCAUUUGUGCCGUUGUUGUUUCUGUGUAAAACGGCUGUUGAAAGGCCAAUUCUUCUAAUAAGAAAUUGAAUAAUAUGUGCAAAGCAAUUGUCGUGCGGGGUUUUGUGUUAAACGAAAUGAAAAAAUAACAAAAACAAUUGAUAUCUGUGAAAGGAAAAAAAAAAACACAAUUACUCAAUAACAACGCUCGCUAAUAAAGUGUCAUUGUUUUUAUCCCCCCGUUGGAAAAAAAAAUGAAAACAACAACAAAAUUGUGAAGUUUAAAAGAAGAUAAACACCAAUAGAAGUCACGAACCUUUGGAAACUUUUAUUAUAUUUUGCGUAUUCCAACUAGAAAACAAUGAUGAUUCACAAAGGUUCUUCUCCCUCGUUGCCGUACACCAUGCCAUCCAUAUCUUUGACAUGUUAUUGUUGUUGUUGUUAUUAUUGUGUUUAUCAAUAACAUGUUCUACGUUUUUUUUUUCUGAAUUAAAUGUAGAAUGAGAAAGGAAAUUCUCUACUCCAUGACUAUUCUCAAGGAUGUGUAAUCAGCACGCGUAACAAAAUCGAAAACAACAAAAACAACUACAAAAAAGAUAAAGAGAAACCCUCCGGCUUUCCUUGGGCAAACAAGUGAAGCGUGAAACAAGAGCAUGAGAUACGUUAUAAAACUGGCCGCCGCAAUGAAUACCGUUAAACUUAAAUAAAGCAACAAAAAAAAAAAAAACUAAAAAACACAGAACAGUUUUGAACCCCAAAAAAAAGUAAAUAACCUCUCUCCUGAAUAAUAAACAAAACUAGAGCCCCCAACACCUUCACCACCAUGGGCCUAAGAGCAAAAACAACAACCGCCACCACCGCUGCCACUUUAAAUAGUGCAAAUGCCAGCAACAGCAGCAGCGGUUCUCCCUCCGCCAAACACAAAUUUUUGAAUGGUGCCCGGAAAUUCAACAAGGCCUUCAGUCGCGGUUGUUCAACCUAUGUUGGCGGCAAUGGCGCCAUCACCACAAAAACACCCUCACCACCCUGCCUCAGUCCCAAUGGCAUCAGUGCUAAAUCCCUAAUUGAUCCACAUGCAUACAGCUUUCGCACCACAAUACGCAGCAGUUCAACAUCAGCAAUAAUGGUAGCCUCAAUGGCGCCCAACAUGCGUCCCCAAACCCUUAAUGUACACAAUCAUCAGCAGGCACCGGCGGAUCAUACACAGUUAUUUUUGGGUGAGGUCCUAGCUGCCUGGCGUGCCAAAGCAAGAUGCAAUGUUGUACCUGCCGAACGUACUCAAGAACUAUUUCAAGAGCUGAGUUUCCAUCCAAAUGACAAACAGAUUAGUGAUAUGUUACAAACAGCAAAAUUACUGGCUCGCAAAGGCAGUCGCCAAUCGAAUGGUUUGACAUUUGGUGAAUUUUGUGUAUUGGCUGCCGAUUUAAAAAGAUUCCGCACAUCCACAUUUGGUUCAACAUCGCCUGGCUACUGUGACAAGACCCAUUUACUGAGCUCUCUACUGGAUGAUAAUGCAACAACUGAUAGUAGCGGCGACAAUGAGCACAACAAAACGAAAAAACAUGACAACACUACCACAACCGCCACCACCACCACCAACAACACCACAACAAAUUGCAGUUUUCCAGGAAGUGAACUGCGUAGCACAAAAUCUUUCAGCAGCGUGGAAGACUGUCAUAAAAACGAGAAACAGAAACCAGGCGAAUCGUCGACAUCCGCUCCCGUUGAAGUAUUUCUGGGUGGUUCCUGUAAUCCAACCACCUGGCGUGCUGAUGUUGCCAUACCCGCCCUUAAAGAAUCAGGCAUUUCAUUUUAUAAUCCACAAGUUUCCGAUUGGACGCCAGAUCUCAUAGAACUUGAGCAUCGUGCGAAGGAGAAAGCGCGAGUGUUAUUCUUUGUUAUGGAUUCAGAAACACGCGCGUCUGCUGGUGCCAUUGAGGCGGCACAUAUAGCGGGUCAAAACUGCAAGCAGCUGGUGCUGGUCCUGCAUCCGUACAGGCCUAACCAAAAUAUACUCAACGAACAUAUAUCUCAGCAAGAGUAUAUUGAUUUAACGCGCAAUCAAUUAAUCUUACGCGAACUGGUCACCCGGCGUGGUCUGCCAGUGCUCAAUAAUAUCCCCUCAGGUCUGCAGCGUACUAAGGAAAUUUUAGCCGGUUUUAGAGAUCCUCCUUCGAAUAUAGCUUCAAUUUUAGUUGUAAUACGUGGUGCUUUUGACCGUGUCAAUCCCGUGUAUGAACACAUCACUGUUGAACAGUGUCAACGUGCUCUCUUAUACUUGGGUUAUGCCCAAAGUCUAGUGAAUAUGGAUAAUUUACAGAAAAUCAUUGCCGCUCAACGUGAAGCUUUGCAAAGUCUCAAUGCCAAUGAUGGCAAUAGUGAGGCUCCAUCCAACGCCGCAUCGAACCGUGGUAGUACAAAACCCUCAUCUUCGUCAAUGUCGUCGAGUGCUCAAAACCAAACAAACAGCAACAGUAGACCAGUUAAUGCCAGCAAAAAUUUCGCUGAUCAAAUUGAUUUUAAUCUUUUCUGUGUGAUAUCGGCCUAUUUGUCGGUAUUACAACAAGAGAUACAUGAAAGUGGUUGUAUAUCACCCAUUAAGGGUACCAAUGUUCCGCCGCCACCAGUUUAUCUAUCAAAUUUGCAGGGCGAGGACACAUUUGCCAUUACCUAUUUCAGCAGCAAAAACAUCUCACGCACAUCCAGUAAUGCCAGUGUCCCUGGCAGUGAAGAACGUCUAGCCAAUUCUCACGAUUUACUGGGACGUAGUCGUGAUAGUGGUACCUCGUCUCCACAGCCCACAGAACCACUGCGUUCACGCUCUCAAACCCUUUUGGCAAAGAGUGCCAGCAACAAACAACACGUCUUGGUCAAUGUGGAGACCAUCGAAACCACUGAGGUUACCACCACUCAAACCAUACAACCCCAAUCUGCAGCAGCGGCAGCAGCUUAUGCAGCUCAAUUGGUAGAUAUGUCUACCCAAACUUCGGUUACCGAAGAGGAAAGUGAUUCAAAUGAUUCGGUAUUUUCAAGUAGUAGUUCCAUAAAUUCAAUUAACUACUGUGAUCCCCUGGCUGGUCUAUCGGCAACUCCCGACUUUCGUGAUGUCUAUUUGGGUGGUAGUUGCUAUUUGCGCACCAAAUGGCGCCAAGAAUUGGCCAUACCCUAUUUCAAAUCAAAAGGCAUAACAUUUCAUUUACCUUCGCUACACGAAAGUCUAAAUCCCAGCCAGCUGGAUUUACCCGAUAAGGUGGCGGCCGAAGAUGAUAACAAUAAAUCGUCGGGCCCAAAUUGGCGCAUCAAUAGCCGGCAACCCACAUCGGCAGCUAGUAAUUUUAUGCGUACCCGCAGAAAAUGCCGUACCAAUAGUGGCACCAAAACCAAUGAAGAAACUGUCGAGGAGCUAACCAUAGCUGAGGAAUCUCUGAGUUGGACAUUGUCACCAGUACGACCGAAUCUCUUUAAUCCAUCACUGUUGGACUCGAGUCGAGUCCUAUUGUUUGUCAUAACCAACGAAACACGCUCUCUGGCACCCAUGACAUUAGCAGCUCACUGUAUUGGUCUUAUGUAUAAUGUGGUCUUGGCCGUACAAAUGUUGCCGGAUGGUUGUGUUAUCGGCAAUGAAAAGCUCACACCAACCGCCAUUAAGGAUUACAAUCGUGGCCGUUCCUAUUUAAUUGAUUUGGCCAAACGCCAAGGUGUACCGGUCUUUAAUGAUAUUAAGGCAGCUUUGGAAUGUACUGUGGAAAAGAUACAAUCCUACAAUUCCAGACGUUACGAAUGAAUUAACCUGACAAAAAAAAGAAA